GAGGUUGCGUUCACUUUCUAAAGAAGAAAUUCGAAAUAUUUAAGUUGAAUCGUGAAAGGUGAGAAUAGCCCGAUGGAUUAUGUGCGGUAAUCGCGUGACUAAGAUGGCGACAGUAACUAUUUAUAGUCUGAAAUACACAUCUUUCGCAUUUCAGUUCCCUUUAAACUUUCCAAAAUGCGACUUGUUACGAUCUCCUUAUGUAAGUUUGCAGUUCAUAAAGUGGUCCACGAAACAAUAAUCUUAUUACGAUUACUUUUAGGGAUAUUACCCAUAGUUUUCUAUAUGGUCCACGUUUCAAAUGCUAACCCACUUUUAUUUUUUAAGGAUGUGAAAUCGAAAGUGAUGAACAAAAUUUUUGGUCACUUCCAUAAUAAGUUUAUCAAAGAGGAUGCAAACGUAGAUUCCAUACCGCAAACUAAGCCAAUUAUAGAACACAAGGAGAAUGACAAAAAAGGUAACAAAUUUAUGGGCACACUCCUCAAAUUGUGCCAAUCGGAAAUGGGAAGCAAAGAGAAUGCAGUCUUAGAGGCCAUUGUCGGCCAAAGCAUUAACAAUAUUAACACGAUCAAGAACAACAUCAGCAUGCCCGAAAUUGAAAUGCCGCCCAUAACGGUAGUCAUUGUCAAGGAUCAGAAAUCGUUGGAGAAAUAUCAGAAGCAAGCCAAGAAUCCCAGUUCCAACGCGACCAUUAUAAUAAACCGCUCAAAGCCAGCACAACGUAGCAUGGCCAGGACAGCGUAUGCUCCCGACGUAAAGAAGUGCGUUCUUCUCAAAAUGAAGGAGCUUAAUGUAAUCAAAGAAUAAAACAAAUUUCUAAUUAGGUACAAUGUUAGAAAUGUUCCAAAGAAGCAGUUGUAGUAUUUUAUUGAAUUAUCUGAGAAAGAAACCUCGUAGGAAACCAAUUUUAAUCUCCUUAGACUUC